UUAUAUAAACAACUCCUCAAACGCAACAACACAAGUCACUCAUGAGGAAUGAGGAGGGAGGAAGCUAGAUCGUGAGAGAAAGAGAAAGGGAGAAGCAAGCAGAGGAAAAAUCUGAGGCAGAGUAAAGUCGUUAAUUUCUGCUGAUCAUUGAUGGGUUUUAAAGGCUCUGCCAUGGACUUAAGUCUAGUUCUGGUAAGCUUUGUGUUUUUCUUCGGGCUGUGUGGAAUAUGUAGAGGAUCUGAAGAGGAGAACUGUACUGACUACAAACUCCAGUUUGAGAGGGUUUUCUCUGUUCCUGGAGAUGUGGCUAUGCUGAGAAGCACACUGGUGUCCUCAGACGUCUUUGAUUUCAAAACUGUCCCGUACAACAUCACGUGGUACAACUCGGUGUCAGGCCAAGAAAUCAGCAGUCAGACUGGUCACAUCCUGGUGCACGAGGAGACUCUGUGGAUUCUCAAUGUAACCAUGAAUGACAGUGGGGAUUAUGUGACCAUACUGAGGACUCCUUCCCACUGCUACAGGGAGGCCAGCCGACUGGUGGUGGAUGAAAGACCUACAGGAGAAUGUGGAAGGCCGAGGAAAGCUUAUCAGCAACUUACAAAAGGAGUCACUGACAAUCUGAACUGCCCUCUGAAGAAUGAAAUGAAUAAGCUGAACAGCUACAACAUCUCUUCCUCCAUCAAGUGGUACAGAGGUUGUGACCCCAUAGAGGACGGAACAGGCAGCUAUGAGUACUGGGGCACCAGACUGAAAAUUACCAGUGUGGACCUUCAACACAAAGGCACCUAUACCUGUACUCUGACAUUCACCCUGGGUGGCAUCAAAGGAUCUGUGUCAGAGACUAUUAGCGCAGAGGUCAAAGGGGAUUACUCUUUGGUUCCACAAGUGCAUGAACCCUCCAAUGAUGUAAUCAAAGCACAGAGCGGGUACAACUUCAGUAAAAGGUGCCUGGUGUUUGUGCCGGGUGUUGGGAAGCCUAUCGUUGAUAUUUAUUGGUUGGACAAAGAUGGAUUCUUUGAGACUAACACCUCUCACCGUGUACACAUGUUAGAACAGCGUUUGCUGCCCCAAGAUGGCUCCAGUAAAGGUGCGUGGUUAGAGACCUGGCUGAUAUUUUCUGAGCUGAAGGAGGAGGACUUCAACAUAAACUACACCUGCCAUGCGUACAGUGACAGGGGCUUUCCUGAAAGAUAUUUCAGUCUGCAACCAGCAGAUUCAAACAUCACCGUUGUAACUGGUGCCUGACUGUAACGCACAGUAACCAAACUGAUGCAUCAGCAAAGUACUCCAUCUUUAUCAGGUUUGCCUGUAAAAUCCACUUAUAAUGGCUGCUAAUCAGCAAAUGAAUAAUUUUGUUAAUUAUUGAGGUUGUAGUUUGCAGUGGGGAUUUACUGGAAUGAAUUAACCAAAUAUAAACAAUGUUUUCUUUGUAACGUGGGAAAAAUGUAAUAGAGCUGUUGUGUUGUACUGCACAAGAUAUUACUACUGCAAUCAGUGUCCACUGUAUAUACACAUAUAUAUAUAUAUAUAUAUAUAUAUAUAUAUAUAUAUAUAUAUAUGCAAUAAAUAUUCUGAGCAUGUUGUUCAGUAGACGAGUGUUGUGUUAAUUUACAAACCUUUAUAUCUACACAUUUAAACGGCAAACCUAGCUAUCCUAAAAGAAAGUGGUUUGAGAAAAUCUUCAAGGUGACCUGAAUGUUUGACUUAGUGCAAUGUACCAGUCAUGAUGUUUUGUUGCUAUAAGUUAAGGUUUUCAUAGGUGGUAGUGAGACAAUCUUUCUUAUAUGUGUAGUCACACCUGAAAAGGAAUUGAUAUUACAGGGCCAUCGUUACAUGUGUUAUGAAAAUUAUCACUGAACACUUGGACAUUUGCUGGGUUAAUGAAGUCCACUGAGCAGGUUGGGGAGGAGAGGAUGUUGUCUAAGCUAACAUCCAUCAUGGACAGCCCCUCCCACCCCCUGCAUGAGACUGUACGAGCACUGAGCAGCUCGUUCGACAGUAGACGUUUACACCCACGGUGUAGGAAGGAGCGCUACCAACAGGUCAUUCUUACCAACAGCUGUCAGACUCUGUAACACAGUUUAACAAUUUUUUGGUUAUCUUACUCAUCAGCUUGUUUGUUCACUGUACAUGCAUACGAACUUCAGUUGCUUAUGUGUAUAGGACCACUUUGUGUCUUGCAUUUAUAUUUUAUAUCCCUCUUGCUAUAAGAUCUGUGUAACCACCAAAUUUUCUUAUUUGUGGGAUAAUAAAGGUUUAUUCUAUUCUAUUACCAAGGUGA